GUGUGAGUGUGACGCGAUGAAUACGGAAUGACAUAGUAGACAAAACUUUUAAAAGGAAGAAUGAGUAUGAUGCGGUCUUCAUCUAUAAAAAUAGUUACAGUACAACUUGUAUAGUUUACAGGUUUCACCGCCUGUAUAAUACAGCAGCAACUGUGAGUAGCGGGCACAAAUACUAAUGGAGGACCAUAAAGAAAGUGAACACAUUAAUCUAAAAGUAACUGGUCAAGAUGGUAGUGUAGUCCAUUUUAAAAUUAAGAAGAACACACCACUGCGAAAGUUAAUGGGCGCUUAUUGUAAUAGAGCUGGAAUACAAACAGGAGUUGUAAGAUUUAGAUUUGAUGGAAAUCCUAUAAAUGAUGAGGACACUCCAGCUAUGCUGGAAAUGGAGGAUGGAGAUUCAAUUGAUGUUUUUCAACAACAGACGGGUGGUUGCUUGUCUCGGACAUGGUAGAAGAAAGCUUGCAACACUAAAUGACAUUGGAAUGGAAGUUAAAUGCUGAUUAAACUGGGGAAGUGUGUUGUACAGUGUAAAGAUUUUCUCACAUCCAAGCCAGCAAGGACAUUUUUUUAUUACAUGUUAAUUAUGGUUAAUGAUGAUGUAAAGACUUCAGCAAGGAAAUUGAAAACAGCAGUUAACGCUUAAAGACAUGAAGGUUCUUUAUUCAACUGCCCCAUAUGGUUUGUGCUGAGCAUUUUGUCUGUUACUAUCAUCCCAUGUCAUCUAUCAUUUUGUAAAAUUCAUUAAUGUGUACAUUUCAUUUUGUUUUCCAAUUUUGGCCCUAAAUUUGUAGUUUACUGAGCUCUCAUCUUUGGAUCUUUCAUCUUAAUAUAAACAUUGUUAUUUUAAGUUACUGUAUGAUUAGUCACUUUGUCAUGACCAA